AUCGGGCCGAGGCCGAUAUUUAACUAAAGCCGAACCUCCCGCGUCCCCUCAAUUCUCCCGGCAGUCUCUUUCCCGACCGUGCCUUGGCGUCACAUUACCAUAGCAUCUUCUCAUUGGCCGACAGAAGGGUGACGGCGCCUGCGCAUUGCAUUUCUCUGAGGGCCGUGGGCAGACGCCAUUUUGGCCCCAGAGGUGCUUCUGGGAAGUUGAACGCGGUUCUUCACUUUGCCGGCCGGUGAGGUACGGCCCUGUUCAGUAGCUGGGGUUUCCUGAUCGAAGCGUCGGCGCCCGCCGCUGCCGACUUCUCCGAAGUCUUGGGCGAGGCAGAAGCACGCCGCUGCGGAGAGAGGUCACUCCGCCAGGAAGGACGUGACGGGGGCGGCGCGUGGCGCGGACACUCCCCGCCGAGAGCCCGCCUGCCAUGGACUCGGAGUACUACAGCGGUGACCAGUCAGCAGAUGAUGGUGGUGCAACCCCAGUGCAGGAUGAGCGGGAUUCAGGGUCAGAUGCUGAGGACGAUGCAAACGAGCAGCACUCUGGAUCCGACACUGGAAGUGUAGACCACCAUUCAGAGAAUGAAACUAGUGAUAGAGAAGAUGGUUUGACCAAGAUACAUAACGGAACGGACUCUGAGAAUGAUGAGCCCUCUAAUGUUAACGCCAGUGACUCUGAAAGUGAGGAGCUUCACAGGCCAAAGGACAGUGAGUCUGAGUCUGAAGAACAUGCAGGGUCUCCUGCCAGCGACUCUGAAAAUGAAGCUGUCAACCAACAGGGGAGUGACUCUGAAAAGGAAGAGCGUCUUAAUGGGCAUGCAAGUGACUCCGAAACUGAGGACACUCUGCGGCCUCAGGUCAGCGAGUCUGACAGCGAGGAUCCCCCAAGGCCCCAGGCCAGUGACUCGGAAAGCGAGGAGCCUCCCAAACCUCGGAUCAGUGACUCAGAAAGCGAGGAUCCUCCAAGGGCCCAGGCCAGUGACUCAGAAAGCGAGGAGCCUCCCAAACCUCGGAUCAGUGACUCGGAAAGCGAGGAGCUCCCCAAACCCCGAGUCAGCGACUCAGAAAGCGAGGAUCCUCCAAGGGCCCAGGCCAGUGACUCGGAAAGCGAGGAGCUUCCCAAACCCCGAGUCAGCGACUCGGAAAGUGAGGACCCUCAGAAAGAGCCUGCUAGUGAUUCUGAAGCUGAGGAUGCCUCCAGACACAAAGAGAAGGCAGAAUCAGAGGACAGUGAUGGGGAGAAUAAGAGGGAAGAUUCUGAAGUGCAGAAUGAGUCAGACAGCCAUACAGACAGAAAAGGACUCCACAGCUCUGACAGUGAGGAGGAGGAACCCAAAAGGCAAAAAAUUGACAGUGAUGACGAUGAAGAAAAGGAGGGUGGUGAAGAGAAAGUAGCAAAGCGGAAGGCUGCUGUACUUUCUGAUAGUGAGGACGACAGCAAAACAUCAGCAAAGAAGAGCCGAGUUGUCUCUGAUGCUGAUGCCUCUGAUAGUGACGUUGUAUCAGACAAGUCAGGCAGAAGAGAGAAGACAGUAGCAUCUGACAGUGAAGAAGACGUCGGGAAAGAAGAGUCUUCUGUAAAGAAGAGUGAAGAGAAGGAUCUGUUCGGGAGUGAUAGUGAAUCAGGCAAUGAAGAAGAAAAUCUUAUUGCAGAUAUAUUUGGAGAAUCUGGUGAUGAAGAGGAAGAGGAAUUUACAGGUUUUAACCAAGAAGAUUUGGAGGAAGAAAAAAACGAAACACAGCUAAAAGAAGCAGAAGAUUCUGAUUCUGAUGAUAACAUAAAGAGAGGAAAACAUAUGGACUUUCUGUCAGAUUUUGAGAUGAUGUUACAACGAAAAAAGAGCAUGUGUGGCAAACGCAGACGAAAUCGAGAUGGGAGCACUUUUAUUAGUGAUGCAGAUGAUGUUGUAAGCGCCAUGAUUGUCAAGAUGAAUGAAGCUGCUGAGGAAGACAGGCAGUUGAAUAAUCAAAAAAAGCCAGCUCUGAAAAAAUUAACCUUAUUGCCUACAGUGGUUAUGCACCUUAAAAAGCAGGACCUUAAAGAAACAUUUAUUGACAGUGGUGUCAUGUCCGCCAUUAAAGAAUGGCUCUCACCUCUACCAGAUAGGAGUUUGCCUGCACUGAAGAUUCGGGAGGAGUUGUUAAAGAUUCUGCAAGAGCUACCUAGUGUGAGCCAAGAGACCCUGAAGCAUAGUGGGAUUGGCCGAGCAGUGAUGUAUCUGUAUAAACACCCUAAGGAAUCAAGGUCCAACAAGGAUAUGGCAGGGAAAUUAAUCAAUGAGUGGUCUCGGCCCAUAUUUGGUCUUACCUCAAAUUAUAAAGGAAUGACAAGGGAAGAAAGGGAGCAGAGAGAUCUAGAACAAAUGCCACAGCGACGAAGAAUGAGCAGCACUGGUGGUCAAACACCACGAAGAGAUCUGGAGAAGGUAUUAACAGGAGAGGAAAAGGCUCUGAGGCCUGGAGAUCCUGGCUUCUGUGCUCGUGCGAGAGUCCCAAUGCCAUCAAACAAGGACUAUGUUGUCAGGCCCAAGUGGAAUGUUGAAAUGGAGUCAUCCAGGUUUCAGGCAACCUCCAAGAAAGGUAUCAGUCGACUGGAUAAACAGAUGAGAAAGUUCACAGAUAUCAGGAAAAAAAGCAGAUCUGCACAUGCAGUGAAAAUCAGCAUCGAGGGCAAUAAAAUGCCAUUGUGACCUUGCCUGGGACGUGUCCCCAUCUCUAAAAAAUGCACAGUGGACUAUCAAGAAAGAAGAUACUGUUAAAUGUUUUAGUGUGUCUCUGAGUGGUUCCGUUUGUAUCAUUGUUGUAGGACUAACAUUUCUCUCUUAUUUAAGACCAGUUGUCUGCUUUGUACAGAAGAGUACUUACUACUCCUGCUUCUAUCAACUGUACGUAAUAAAAUUUCAUUAUGGUUUUGGGGGGUUGUCUCAUCAUUGUCUUAAGAGACUAUUCUCUGUGAGAUCAAAAGUCCUUUUCAAUACAUAAGUGUGAUAUAAUGAGGAAUUUGUCUGGCCUUUGUCCCUGGCUCCUGACAAGGAAUAGCUCAAACCUUUAGAAUUCUUGAACUAUCUUUGUUAUUCCCUUGAUUUGGCUCAUCAUAGGGUCCUAAGUUUGCUCUAAGACUAGUCGACAGAAAUAUGCUUGGUCUAGUCACAUUGCCUGUGUGAUUAAUCAGUCAUGCCUCUGUAUUGAAGCCCCAGUAAAGAAAAGAACUCUGGACAAGCCAGGUGCCUUUCACACCUAUAAUCCCAACAUUUGGGAGACUGAUGUCGAAAUAAAAGGAUCAUGAGUUUGAGGCUAUCCUGGAUUACAUGGCAAGACAUGCUCUGAAUACUGCAACUGUGUUGAUGUCCCAGGAGAACAAAGGCACAGAAGCUCUGCACCACCCUUCAUACUACUGAAUCUUCAUUGACCUGGUUGGCUUAAUUUGUAUCUUUUCUAAUAAGACCAGUCAUAACUAUAACUUUUUAUUGAAAGACAUAGUGCUUUUUCAAGUUCUGUGAGUCAUUCAGCAAAGUUUUAAACCAAGAAAUUCUUGGGAACUUGCCUCUAUAGCUACCCUGGAAUUUUUUCAUGAUCUAAAGAUAUCACUUGCAGCCCAUGUCUGAAGUUGAGGACAGUCUUGUGGAGGAAAUCUGAUCUCUAGAACUCUCAGUUUUUACACCCACAGCUGAGUAUUUGGUAUCAGAAUUGAAUUGUAGACCACUGUAUAUGCAUGCCUAUAAUCUCAGCACUUUGGAGGCAGAGGCAGGAAUAUUGGGAGCUCUCCCAACAGCCUGAGUGACUCAGAAAGAUUGUUCAAAUAAAGAUGGUAUCUCAGUAGAGUUUGAAAUACAACAAGCAUACGUUUUAUUUCUCUUGUUAGAGAUGUUUUAUUUGUUUAAGUCUGGGGAGUUAAGCUGUGGGCAGAAAAGGUUAAGAUUGAAAAUUUCUCAGUUGCAUAUAGCAAUUGGACAAAUAAAAAAGGAGAAACUAUAGUUUCUUAAUUCAGUUUUGAGAAUUCUUAAAAAUCAUGAGAGAUUUCUGUAGAGCAAGAAAGUUUUAUCUGUAGCUCAUUAAUUAUUUAAAUCAUCUGGUACAAACUGGAGCCUUGAUUAUAGAAAUAGAAUAUUAUUGGCCACAAUGGCCUUUGGACAAUUGAAGGAAUGUGGAUUUCAUGGACUAAACACUCUAUAAGAACCUUUCAAGCCUGGUGUGGUGGCACACACCUUUAAUCCCAGCACUUGGGAGGCAGAAGAUCUCUGAGUUCGUGGCCAGCCUGGUCUACAGAGUGAGUUCCAGGACAGCCAGGGCUACACAGAGAAACCCUGUCUUUAAAAAAGAGAGAGUGAAAGAAUAGAGCCUCUUAAAGACCAUCAGUAUGCAAGAGCAGAUGGAGUGUGAAGCAGAAAGACCUUACAAAGCAACAGUUAAGCACUAGGUGGUGGCAAACUACCUCUGGCUUUGUUUAAUUUCAUUAAUUUAAAACAAUAAAAGCAUGUAAUGUAAACUCAAAACAGUUCUGAACAUGGAAAGCAAGUUUUGAAGAGUUAUUUUGCUGUCUUGGGAUGAUCUCCACUUAGCACCUAGUUUGUGCAAGUAAUAGAACUAGCAAGUGAUAAACCCAUAACCUGGAGUUCAAGGAGAUGAUACUUAAAGGGAAAAUGCUAAUUUCUUUAUAAAUUCCUUUGUUGUGUGGAUUUGGGGGGUGGGGGGAAAUCCCAAGCUUGACUCAUUCAUUGCCUUCAUAAUUUUCAUUUACUAUAAUUUCCAGAAUACUAAAAUUAGCUCCCAUGAACCCUUCAACAUUUUUCAGUGUGUCACAGUUUAUGUUCUAUAUACCUGAUUUCAUUUGCAGAGUAUGUGAGUAUAGUUUAUCCACAAACUUUCUUCUUAAGCUCCAUGUCUAAGCAUAUUUCUCUUAAAAACAUGUUUCGUGGCCGGGCAGUGCACAUCUUUAGUUCCCGCACUCAGGAAGCAGAGGCAGGUGGAUCUCUUGAGUUUGAAGCCAUCCUGCUUUACUGAUUGAGUUUUAGGUCAGCCAGGGCUACACAGAGAAACCGUGUCUGAGAAUACAAACAACCAGCCAACCCAUGGUUUUUAGGGGCUAGAUAAUGCAGCUUUGUUGGUAGAGUGCUUGCCUAACAUGCACUAAGCCUAGGUUCCAUCCCCAGUACCACAGAUAAUCUGGCCGGUCACCUUGCCAACCUGGCCUGACAACAUGGCAAAUACAAAGCCAGCCUGGGCCACUUGAGACAAUUUGUCUCAAAAUUGACCAUAUUUGACCUCUUGUAUGGAAUGCUGAGUAGUCACUCAGGUUUUUUUGGUUGGUUGGUUGAAUUGUUUUUGUUUUGUUUUUUUGUGAAAUGCUUUCAUUUUGGCAAAAAGUUUGUAUCUUAGCCACUUUUAACCGUACAGUUUAGGUGCAUUGCCUGGGUUUACAUUGUAUAAGCCAUCUCUAGAAAUCUUCAUCUUACAAAAUUUAGCUGUACUGACUGGGCACAUUAGUGCAUGUUUUUAAUCUCAGCGCUAAGCAUACAGAAGCAGGACAAUUCCUGAGUUCAAAGUCAUCCUAGUCUAGAGCUCCAGGCUGGCUAAGACUGCAUAGAUCCUGCCCCAAGCAAAUACCUUAGCUUCUUCCACCAGCUCUUGACAAUUUCAUUCUGCUUUCUGCCUCUGAUUUAGACUAUCCUAGGAACCUACUUUUUAAUUUAUUGGGGGGGGGGAGAGCACAUGUACUGUGGUGUACAUAUGGAAAAUUACGGUUUUAUGGAGUUCUUGCCUUCCACCUUUAUUUACUUGGAUUCUAAGGAGGAGAUAGGUUUCAAGACUUUAGUAGCAAGAAUUUUGACCACUUGAGCUCUCUCGUCAGCCUGUUUUUAUGUAUGGGUGUUAAUGCGUUGCCUUCUGCUUUUUAAAAAUGAAUUUCCUAACUUUGCCCUAUGUGUUAAGUCUGAUCCACUGUGAGAUAAUUGUAUGUUGUAAAAGGUCUACUUUUAUUCUUGUGAAUAUUGGUGGCCUUACAUCGUUUGUUGAAAGACUGACCCUUUCUCAUUAUUCUUGGAUCCCUUAUCAAAACUUACUCGGUGAUAUGAGGGUUUAUUUCUUUAUUUUGCUUCAGCCUUUUUUUUUUUUUUCCUAUCAUACUGUUUUUACUACUGGAGCUUUAUAGUAAAUUUUGAAGUCAAGUAAUGUGAUUUAUUCACUCUUCAAUAUUGUUUUGGUUGUUAGGAUUCGUUGAAAUUAAGGGGGAAAGUAUGAAUAUGUGCAUACAUGCCCCACAGCUACAUGUAGAAGUCAGGACAGCUUUCAGGAAUAGGUUCUUCUCCCCCUGAGUUCUGUGGCUUGAACUUGGGUCAUUAGGCUUGUGCUGCACACACUUUUACCUGAAGAACCAUACUGCUGGUCCCCUCCACUUUUCCACUCGAUACUGUUUUGGCUCUCUGGGCUUCCUUGAGGCUUUGUAUGACUUGUCUGUAGCUGUCAGUGGGUUUUCAACAGAGAUUGUGUUACAUCUGCCAUUUGAAGAAGUACUGAGUUUUAACAAUGUUAAGUCUUCUGGUUCUUAAACAGAACUGUCUUCAUUUAGAGUCCUUGGUUGAAUUUAUUCCUAAGUAUAUUUAUUCCUUGUGAUGUUAUUGUUAGGAUCAUUGUUGAUGAACACAUGCAUCUGGUAAUUUAACCUCUUCCUUUCCAUUUGGAUAGGUCUCACUUCCUCUUCUUGCCUGAUUGUUAGAAUUUCUAGAAAGUAGAUUAAGUACUAAUGAUGAAAUGGACAUCCUGGUCUUAUUCUUGGGACUAAAGAAAGAGCUUUGUCUUUCUUCGGGGAGUAUUAUGUGGGACUUUCAUGUGUGGCUUUUGUGUUGUUGAGCUUCCUUCUACUUUUAAUUUAUUGAGUUUUUAUUAUGACAAUAUUGAAUUUUAUGAAAUUAUGUUUCUGUAUCAUUUUAUCUUGAUAGUGUACAUUUCACUAUUAUGUAUUUUAAUACAUAAUAAUAUGUAUUAUGUAUUUUUAAAUUAUACAGAUGUACAUAUGCAUGAGUGUCUAUUGGUGCACACCUGCACAUUGGAGUGGAGGUCAGAGAACAGCCCUGAGGAUCGUUCCUCAGGCAUCAUCCACCUUGGUUUUAGUCAGGGUUUCUGACAGUCCUGAGACCCUCUAAAUAAGCUUGGCUGCCUGGCCAAUAAGGCCCAGGCACCCACCUGCCUCUUUCUCCCUUGUAUUGGAAAUAUAAAUGUACACUAUCACACAUGACUUUCCAUUGAUCCUGGGGCCAAAACACAAGUCUUCCUGCUUGCAAGGCAAUCUACUUUUCCCAACUAAGCUCUCUCCAACCUAUCAGAUUUUUGUCAUUGUUUCUCUGUUAAGUCAUCCUAACAUUCUGUCAGUAAAUCCUUGUUGAUCAUGACAUAGUAUCUAAUACUUUUUGAAUUAGAUACUUUUUGAAAACCUUUAUUUUUAUUUAAUAUGUGUGAAUGUUUACCUAUAUACAUGUAUGUAUGUAUGUAUGUAUGUACACCACAUGUGUGCCUGGUACCCAUAGAGACCAUCAGAGGGCAUUGGUCCCCUAGAACUAGUUAACAGGAUGGUUGUGAUCUGCCAUGCAGGUGCUAGGAAUUGAACCUAGGAUCCUCUGCAAGAAUAACCAGUGCUCUUAGCCACUGAGCCAUCUGUCCAACCCUACAUAAUCCUUUAAAAGUGUUGUUGAAUUCUGUUUGCUAGUAAUUUUUUUUUUAAUUUUACAUUUAGUGUGUCUGUGUGUGUAUCAGAGGACACCUUAGGAGUCAAUUCUACCAUGUGGGUUUUGAGGGUCAAACUUAGGUUGUCAGGUUUGGCAGCUGAGCUGUCUCCUUGCCUCAUGUUAGGCUUUUUAGUUGUCAUUUUGCUAUGUUUUUGUUUUGUUUUGAAGGAUUUUUAUAGCAAUGUAGCCUUUUAUGGUAGUGCUUAUUUGGUUUUGGUAUAAGGGUAAUGCUGGUAUUUUGGAAAUGCUCCUUCCUUUUAAGUUUUCAGAAUAAUUUGUCAGAAUUAAUUUUAAUUUGCCAGGCAUGGUGAUGCAUGCCUUUAAUAUCAACAUUUGAGAGGCAGGGGGAUUUCUGAAUUUGAGGCCAACCUGGUCUGUGUAGCAGUUCCAAGUCACCCAAAGCUGUGUGGUGAGAACCUGUUUCCAAAAAAAAAAAAAAAAAAAAAAAGAGGCAGGGUUGGGGGAAUAGUAUUAGUUUGUUUAGAUGGUUGGUAGAGUAUACUGUUAAAGCUACCUGGACUGGGCUUUCCUUUGCUGGGAAGGUUUGGAUAGUAGGAUGUAAUCUCACUAAAUAGAGGUCUGCUUAUUUAGAUUUAUAAUUCUUCGUGAAUCAAAGUUGGUGGGUUUUCUAUUUUGUCUAUUACCUAAUGGUUAUAUCGAUGGGAUACAGUUUAUAGUGCUGUGUACUUUUCAUUCUUGCAAAACUAGCCAUGAUGUCCCCAACCAUUCUAAAGGUACAUCACUAUGUGUAUUUCUAAGUCACUUGUGUGCAAUUGUGUGCACAUGUAUGUGUGUGGGAGGGUGAAGUUAAGGUCCCAUUUUUUAUUUGUACAUUCAUUGAAUCAGUUUCUCAGUUGAAAACAGAGCUCCUGAUUGGCUAGUUAUGUUGUCCUAGGAAUCCCCACCUCUGCCUCAUAAAAGUCCUGGGGUUCCCUGAGAGUACCCCCUGCCUAGCCUUUUCACUGUCCAGGUGGAGUGCUGGGGGUCUGAGCUCUGGUUUCCUGAUUACAAAGGAAGCACUUUAUCUACUGAGCCAUCUCCCCAGCCACUGUCCCAUUUUGAUUUUUUUUCCCCCUUCCGUAGCCAAUCUACCUGAAGGUUUGUCAGUUUUGAGAUUUGAAAGACAAAGUCUUUAGGUUCUGGGUUUGUUUGUGGUUUUAGUUUUUUGUUUGUUUGGGGGGGGUGGUUUUUUUGUUGUUUUGUUUUGUUUCCUCUGCUCUGAGCUAUCUACUUGUUCUUUUCCUUAUUCAUUGAAGAAUAAGUUAGGCUGUUGAGGACUGUGCUGCAUAGCUGUGAAUGUGAGCAUUGCUUUUGUCAUAUCUCAAUAUUUCUGGUGUUUUGUGUUUUUUCAUUUGUUCAGGGAGUGUUCCAAUUUUCCUGGUGAUUUCUUCUCUCAACCAUUGGUUGUUUAAAAAAUGUCCUAUUUAUUUUACACAUAUUUGUGGGUUUUGUAAUUUCCUUUAGUGUGUUAAGGCUCUUUGUGGCUUUGAUGUAUCCCCAAAAGUGUUCCAUGUGCACUUGAGAAAACUGUAUAUUCUGCUUAUUGAGUAAUGUGUUCUGUAUUUGUGUUAUGAGGUUCAAAUAGUAUUUGGUGGUAUUCAAGUGUUCUUUUUUUUUUUUUUUUUGGUCUGCCUUACUUCUAUCUGUAACCCUAGAACAGUCUUAUUUCUCCCAUAGUUCUCUGCCAGUAUUUCCUUCAUAUACCUAGCAAUUUUAGUUGGCAUAUUUUUGUUGAUAAUUGCUGUGUCUAACUGGUGAAUUAACCUUUAUUUCAUUACAUAAUAUCCUUUGUCUUUUACCUGUGUGCUACUUCCCACUUUUGAGUUACUAUAGUUGCAUGGGACAUGUUUUUCAUUCUAUCAGUUUAGUGUAUUUAGCUCUACAGUGAGUCUCUUGUAUACAAUAUAUAGUUGAACCUUAAGUUUUAAAUGUAUUCUUCUAAGUUAUGUGUUCUAUUAGGGUAUUAAAUCCACUGACAAAGUGACUACUGUAAUUGUUAAAGGAAAGGGCUCACUUGCCAUUUUGUUGUUUUCUAUGUCUUACAGUUUUUGGUCCUUCAUUUCUUUUUUAACUGUUAGCUUUUUUUAACUGGUUGAUAUUUAUAGUGGCUUGUGUGAUUUACUUUAAUUUCUUUUUGCGUAUAUUGUUUAUGUGGUUUUUAUGAGGCUUACAUGAAACAUCCUAAAGUUUCAACAAUCUAAAAUAAUAAUUUCAAUCACAUACAAAGCUUCUUUAUAGCUGUAUCCCUCUUUUUUACAUUAUCAAUGUCACAAAUAACAUGUGAGUCCAAUAGCAAGUUUAUAACUUUUUAUGCUUUUCUAUUUUAAAUACUGUUGAAUAAAAAACCAAAAUUACA